GGCUAUAUUCACAAUGCUAACAUUGAAGGCUUGUAGGCUUCAAUAGCCGAACCGGUUUUGUUUUGAGUUUGAUACUUGAGUUGAUGUAAGUAGUCAAAUUUGCCAUAUCUUAUGUUUCGAUAAAAACAUAAUUUGGUGGAGAAUUAAGUGUUAGAGUCUAUACGCGCAAUGGCGUUUAGUGUUUCCCUACAGUCAAAGCUCUCCUCCAUAAUGGAGGCGAUGGCUACAUCCGCCCUGUCUCAGCUGUGCAAGGCGGUGGAUGACGACACGGUGGAGCUGCGCUUGGAGUUGUCUCGGCUCCAGACUCUUAACUCGGCCCUGACGGAGAAGGUUGACGAGCUGGAGUGCGAACUGACGGCCGCCAGAUGUGACGCCCGGAAACUGGGUAAAAGUCACCGAACGGUCGCCAUCCAGACAGCUGCCUACAUGGACAUCGGAACUGAUGAGUCUGAGGCUCCUGUCAUAGAGGGAGUCUUUGGAAAAGACUGGUGCCUUAACUUGUGGAAAGAAAGGUUCCAUGGCAGUCAAAUGAGAAACACCACAACAUCUCAUCAAGUGGACGAUGAUAUGGAUAUGUCCAUGCCUUUGGACUUUGGUUUUUCUUCAAGCGACUCAACAGAGCUGGAGAAAGGCGCAGAGUUUUGGAGUUUCGAGUCUCUUUCGGAGGCUGUUGAACGCUGGCAAAAGUCCAAUUUGGUGGAGCUCUAUAAGCGUAGUUCCAGGAGCGUGGAGAAUGCCACAAAGCGGGCGAGGAAGAAAUCGUACAGUCGGGAUUUAGUUUUCGCCGAGCUGGACUUUGCUUGCACUCACGGUAGCAGAGGCCCCGCCUUAAAACGCUGUCCAUUCACCAUCAAAGUACGAGUUACACCCGACGGAAGGAAGCUGUUCGUAAAGGACAUCAGUAGUGUGGAUUGCCACAACCACGACAUAUCCCAAGUUUUGAUGCCCGGUUCUGAACAAAUGGACGUGAUUCAGGUCAAAGUCGAGGAUUAUUUGGAGGACGCCGCCGACAGCUUCCAACAGGAAACGCUCUGUCAAGAAGCCCACAACAGCACACCGUGGACUAUCCGCGAGGUACAGACCUUCCUCGGCAUCCUCGCCGAAGACGAGGUGCAGCGGGAUCUCGUUGGCGCGGUGCGCAACAGGAAAGUCUUCCAGCUGGUCUCGCAAAGGAUGGCCGCCGAGGGCUUCCACCGGACGUGCGGGCAGUGCCAGAUGAAAUGCAAGAAGCUGCGGUGCGAAUACAGAAAGAUCAAAGAGCAGAACAGACAAAAGGCGUGGAGGUGGUUCGACCUGGUGGACGCCAUAUAUGGCCGCAGGCCGGCCAUUGAGAGGAGGGCGGGACACAUGCGUACCACCACUUCUCUGCUGGAGGCCAUGAUGGAAUCUGUCGUUGAAAACCUGGACUCCCCCUGCGACAACAGCGAACAGCUCAUCUCUGUCGGUUCCGGCGAGAUACUAACCUCACCGAGCAGUUCGCCUUGCACAACCCCAGAUCCUGCAGAACCGGGACCGUCAACCCAGUGCAGCCCUCGCCUUCUUCAUAUGCCUUCCAGAAAGAGAAAGGCUCUGGAGGAAAUGUCAGCGGCGGCCCAGAAGAUGGAGGAACUACACGAAGAGCGCUUCCACAUGUACAUGGAGGACGCCCGCCAAGCCAGGCGGCAGGAGGCCCAGUUGGUCAGACAGAAACUGAAUCAGUCGGCGGCUGUCAACGACGCCUUUUUUAAGGUUUUUCAUUCUGAGGUGAAGCGUGGCCAAGCGAACUGAACUUUGCUUCUUAUUUCAGAUGCUCUACUGUUGUUUUGAUAGAUUGUGUACCCGUGCCAUAGAAGUAAGUCACUCAAGAGGGCGUUGAGGCCUCCAAAAUAAAAGCUUUCCAUGCUGAACUGUUCUGCUUUCUGCUACCAUGUGUGGAAGACAUGAACCAAGGAAGAACCCCAUUACUGUGUGGGGAAAUACACGUAAGUAUCCCAUUGUGUGCCGCUCUCUUUCAACAGUACAUGGAGAAUGCUUCUUCAAGGAACGAAUCAUCAUUGGAUGAACACAAGCCCGACCACACGGAUCAAGCCUUCACCUCAGUCAGCUAACAUGGGCGAUGUAAGUUUCAUAUUUUGGUUUUGCUUCAUGCUAGUAUUGCUAUCAUUCGUGUCCUUAUGUCUCACUCCUUCAUGUUAUGUAUGGGAUAUAUAACAUGGACGCUAAUGUGUGUCCCUGCUUAUCAACACCAAACAUGACAAAAAUCUAUUCUUCUACUUUUUAGUGGUCAAACACUCUAUUUUGAAGGGCUAGGCUUCAUCACCUCAUUAGUAUUAAAGCUACAGACACACAAAAAGCUGUGUGCCCAGUCGAGCUUGUUUACUAAAAAUCACUGUUUAAAUUCCAGCAUCAAGGCUAUUAUGGGACAUUCAUUAAUUCAUUCAUUCAUUUUCUACCACUUAUCGUGAGGGAUGCUGGAGCCUAUCCCAGCUGUCUUCAGGCAAGAGGCGGCGUACACCCUGGACUGGUGGCCAGCCAAUCACAGGGCACAUAUAGACAAACAACCAUUCACACUCACAUUCAUACCUAUGGACAAUUUGGAGUCGCCAAUUAACCUAGCAUGUUUUUGGAAUGUGGGAGGAAACCGGAGUACCCGGAGAAAACCCACGCAUGCACAGGGAGAACAUACAAACUCCACACAGAGAUGGUUGAGGGUGAAAUUGAACUCAGGUCUCCUAGCUGUGA